AUCGGUUGCUAUGUUACUUUUGGACGUUAUAUUCUUUUCAUGUUGACAGAUAAUCAAAAACGACAAGAUAUGGUCGACUAGUCCGGGUAAAUAACGUUGUGUUUUUUUUUACCAAAUGGAUUGGAGUUAGAAUUACAAUAUAGCAGAAGUUGUAGAUUGGUGUCUCUGUGGGACAGGAAGUGAUGGACUUCCGGUGGGGGAGGAGCCGGGGCGAGGAGGGCAUCGCCGUGGUGAUAAACUUCCUGCUGGCUAAUGCCCGAUUGGUCCUGGGAGUGGGAGGGGCAGCGGUGCUGGGCAUCGCUACGUUGGCUGUCAAGAGGUUGAUAGAACGCGCCGGCCGGGCGGCGGACGACGAGAAGGUGGAACAGAAGAUGUCGGAGAGCUGGGAGGAGCUUAGCUUAGUCUCCGCCUCCCCCAAGUCCAUAAGGAAGGGGCUGGAGGGUGUUGUCAUGAAACACGUCGCCAAGGCAACCAAGCCACAGAAAGCUGACCUGUGCCAGCCCCAGCAGCAGAAGUCUAGUCUGGACGAGAAGCCUGUCAAAGCAUCAGAGUCCCAGAGACCCAAGAGCCUACAGCUGUCUCUUACCUUGCAGGACCGUCUCCAUCAGUAUUAUUCUAUCAGAGCAGCUAUUACCCCAGAGGUCGUCCACAGAGCUGAGAGUCUCGCUCUCGAUAUCUGUAUAGAGGUACAAGGCUUCCUGCACACCACGAACCCUGACAUGCCUCUGGGAGAGAUGUCACUGGGAGGAUCCCUCCUCGACGACCUGCAGGUGGUGAGAGCGGACCACGCCUGCCUGCUGGUCCCCCUCCAGCUGGAACCCAGCCUGUGGAGACUGAUCCCUGGGGAGGAGACCCUCCUAACGCACCCUCUGCACUGGAUGGUCCGACGCGUCAACCUGGAAUACUUCCCUCGAGGACGCAGCUACUGGGACAGGUUCCUAGUAGGAGGGUAUCUAUCCUGCCGGGCGCUGGUGAACAUGCUCAGUAAGGCUGUGAUGGAAACCAUGAACUGGCCGUCUCUCUCCUACACUCUCGACUGUCUGGUCAGACCUGUCCUCGGAGGAGAUGAACUGAAACUAGAGAUACGACCAGAGCGAGGUGAUCCCCUCUUCAUCUCCAUAGUGCCUGUGCUGAGGGAAGCAGACGUGGUCCUGACUGCCCAGGUAGAGUUAACCCGGCCCUGGGAUAGCGCCUGGCACCUCUCCCUCUACCCCUGGGAGACCCAGCGUCUCGUUCAGCUUGACUCGGCCGACCAAGGCGUCCGACGCGUCGUCCUCAAAACCCUCAAAGCCGUCUGUCGACGCUGUCCCUCCCUUCGACCACUCGCCGCCGUGCCAUUGGUCAACCUCAUCCUCCACCUCAGCGACAAGGACUUGGAUUGGUCGGAGGGUUGUCUGAGUGGGCGUUUCCAGCAGUGUGUCUGGGAGCUGAUUGGCUAUCUGGAAGAAGGGGUGUUACCUAGCUACUUCAAGUCCGGCGUUAAUUUGUUGAACGGAAUGACGGAUGAAGAGGUUGAUGAGAUGGGUUUUAUGUUGUACUGCGCCGUCUCCGAACCGGACAUUCUACUGAUAUAGAAAUAUAUUUAACGAGGCAAGUCAGUUAAGAACAAAUUCUUAUUUUACAAUGACGGCCUACAGGGUUAACUGGCCUUGUUCAGGGGGGGCAGAACGACAGAUUUGUACCCUUGUCAGCUCGGGGAUUUGAACUGGCAACCUUUCGGGUUACUGGUCCAACGCUCUAACCACUAGGCUACCUGCUGGUUACUAGUCCAACGCUCUAACCACUAGGCGACGCUGUAUAUACCUUAACCUGUUGUAUAUGUCACAGAGGAAAGAGUUUGAGGUAAUAAGGGUACGGAUGAGUUAAAGGGGAGGCUCUGACGAUGAUGAUGAUGAUGAUGAGGGGACUGUGCCUAUGAAAGUAGAUGAGGGGACUGUGCCUAGGAAAAGUAGAUGGGGGGAAAGGAAGAAAUGAAAAGGAGACUAGGAAAGGAGACUUUACACAGGCACCCGAUUUCUGAUCAUUUUUGGGGGGAAGAAUCAGGUUGCCUGUGUUUAAACGCAGCCUUAGCGACGGAGACUUGGCUUUGGUUUUCAUCCUGCUGCUCUGCUGCAUCCUGCUGCUCUGUCCAAUGGGCUAGGCCAUUUGAGGCUAAAACCCAAAGGAAUCCCCACCCAGUUGACUACUUUAAAAUGGUGGAAGCCCUUCAAUGGGCGCUACCCAUUCUAAAACAGCUUUUUUGGGGGGGGUCACUAAAAUGCCCUGGAUCAUUCUCUAUGGGUCUGACUGGACUACACAAGGUAACAUAGUUAACACCAGUUACCACAGCAACAAAGUGAUAAUUAUGUCUAAAAUCAAAUCAAAUUAAAUGUAUUUAUAAAGCACCUUCUUACAUCAGCUGAUAUCUCAAAGUGCUGUUACAGAAACCCAGCCUAAAACCCCCCCAAACGGCUAGUAAUGCAGGUGUAGAACCCCUCUGCCAAUUUCUCUUAAUAAAAUCAGAUUUUUUUUUAAACCCUUAAUCUGUUUAAUGAAAUCAUUAUAUGGUCCCACCUUCUACUGAAUAAAGUUUUCACUUUCUUUUGUUUCUGUUUGACUUUUUUUCGUGUUUUUUUUUUUGAACGACUUUUGCUGAGGUUGUUUUUUAAAGUUUGAAGAGUGAUUUUAAAAAUAAAAUGUUUUCUGCUUUACUACUGAUGUUAAUAUCCUCAUUAUUAUUUACAUGUUUAGGUGAUAUAAUUAUGUCAAGUUAAAUCCAACAUUUUCUGUUAUUAAUAAAAAAAUUAACACUU